CUCCUACUCGUUCAGUCUCUUCUUACUUUAGCAGCUCUGUCUUCAGUCCUGCUUCCAAACUUCCAACCAUGGCCGCAUUACACCCUAUCUUCCUGUUUCUCGCUCUUACUGCCCUCACUGCCUCCGUCUCGGCCCACAAUAUCACCGAGAUUCUCUCCGGUUUCCCGGAAUACUCCGACUACAAUAACUUCUUGACCCAAACAAAACUCGCCGACGACAUCAACACCCGCCAAACGAUCACCGUCCUCGUCCUGAACAAUGGGGCCAUGUCCGCCCUCACAUCCAAACACCCCCUCUCCGUUAUCAAGAACGCACUCCGCCUCCUUGUCCUUCUCGAUUACUAUGACCCACCUAAGCUCCACCAAAUCUCCAAGGGUUCCACCCUCACCACCACUCUCUACCAAACUACCGGAAAUGUCCCAGGGAAUCUGGGUUUUGUGAACAUCACUGAUCUCCAGGGUGGCAAGGUCGGCUUCGGCUCCGCUGCUCCGGGCUCCAAGCUCGACUCCAGCUUCACCAAGUCCGUCAAACAAAUCGCCUACAACAUCUCUGUCCUCGAGAUCAGCUCCUUCAUCAACUCACCGGGGCUCCUGACAGCACCGGCUCCAUCGGCUUCGGGCGUAAACAUCACGGCUGCACUUGAGAAGGCUGGUUGCAAAACUUUUGCAUCAUUGAUUGUUGCCAACGGUGUGAUCAAAACGUACGAGGGGGCGGUUGAAAAGGGUUUGACUCUCUUUGCGCCGCAGGAUGAGGCUUUUAAGGCUAAAGGAGUUCCUGAUCUGAGCAAGCUCACGAAUGCCGAAAUAGUCUCGCUUCUAUUGUAUCAUGCACGUGCUGGCUACACACCAAUCGGGUCGCUGAAGACCACCAAGGAUCCCCUCACUACGCUAGCAACUAAUGGUGCCGGGAAGUACGACCUGACCGUUACAUCAGCGGGUGACUCGGUCACGCUUCACACUGGAGUCGACUCGUCCAGAGUUGCUGAAACGGUGCUCGACUCAACGCCUUUGGUGAUAUUCAGCGUGGAUAACGUGCUUCUUCCGACCGAGUUGUUCGGGAAAUCACCUUCUUCAGCACCGGCACCAUCACCGACGUCUCCAAGCCCCGCACCGGUUGUGGCACCUUCUCCGGUGACUGAGGCGCCGUCGCCACUGUCGGCAUCUCCCCCUGCCCCACCGACAGAGACACCGGGAGGUGCUCCGGCAGGCGCGCCUUCGCACGAGUCGCAGAACAGCACCUCGGAUAACGGAGCUGGUCACGUUAAGGGAUCUGCAUUGGUGGCAGCACUGAUCACUGUCUCCGUCACUGUAGUUUCCUCUAUAGUCUUGUCCUAAAUGGUAAAUUCGGAGGGUCUGAAAUUUUGUGUUUCUAUUUGGCUAGGAGUUUUUUCGUUUUACCUCUUAAAUUUAUUUAAUUAAUGGGUGAAGAGGAUGGUGGGGGGUAAAGUGAGCGGGCUGCGUAUUUUAGCGGCCACCGGGUGAAGGAUGAGGUGAAUGCUUGCAUUUGUUCAGACGUUUUUUCGUUUUUGUCGGUGUAUUUGAUUUGUUUUAUUUUAAGAGAUUGUGAAA